AUGUUUAAACGUGUUUUAUAUCUGUUACUGCUGUUAUUAUACACAUUAUUAUGCGGAGCCGGAAUUUCACGGGAUUCACAACAGAGAUAUUCAUAUUCAAAGACUUGUGGAUAUGAGUCGUGUAACAAAAUAGAUCCGAAGAAACUUAAUGUUCAUUUAGUACCGCAUUCUCAUGAUGAUGUUGGCUGGUUGAAAACUGUCGACCAAUAUUAUUAUGGAAGCAGAAGCUUAAUUCAAAAAGCUGGAGUACAAUAUAUUAUUGAUAGUGUUGUUGAAGCUUUAAGACGUGAUCCUGCUCGAAAAUUCAUUUAUGUCGAGACCGCAUUCUUGUGGAAGUGGUGGCAGCGUCAAGAUGAAAAAAUCAGGCAAGAAGUUAGACAAUUCGUGAACGAAGGUCGUUUGGAAAUAAUCGGCGGAGCAUGGAGUAUGAACGAUGAAGCUACGACUCACUAUCAGUCAAUCAUUGAUCACUCAACUUGGGGAUUCCGACGACUCAAUGACACGCUUGGUGAAUGUGCUCGUCCUAAAAUCGGUUGGCAAAUCGAUCCUUUUGGACAUUCAAGAGAACAAGCUUCUUUGUUUGCUCAAUUUGGCUUUGAUGGAAUGUUUAUUGGGCGUCUAGAUUAUCAGGAUAAAUACAAACGUUUGAAAGAUAAAACUGCAGAAUUUCUUUGGAAAGCUAGUUCUAGCUUAGGAGAAAAAGCAAACUUAUUUUCGGUGGCUCUGUUCAAUAACUAUUCCCCACCUCCUGGAUUUUGUUUUGAUGUACUUUGUUCAGAUGAUCCUCUUAUCGACGACCCAGAGAGUCCAGAUAACAACAUUGAAGCCAGGGUAGCUUUAUUUUUGGCGUAUUGCCAAGUACAAGCAAAAUCUUAUAAUACGAAUAAUAUUAUUCUUACGAUGGGCGAAGAUUUUAAUUACCAGAACGCAAAUAUGUGGUUUUUAAAUUUGGAUAAGCUUAUUAGCAGUGACCCCCACGCAUUCUGGACGGGUUUCUUCACAUCCCGCCCAACUCUCAAAUUCUUCGAACGAAUGGGCAACAACUUCCUCCAAAUCACCAAGCAGUUAUCAGUCCUAUCAAACCAAAUGGACAGCUCGGGGCUAAUCCACUUCAAAGAAGCAAUGGGAGUAAUGCAGCACCACGACGCUGUAACAGGAACUGAAAAGCAGCACGUAGCUGAAGAUUACGCCCGACUUUUAUACUCCAGCUUCAACUAUGGCACAAAAAUAGUUUCCAAAGCAAUUUCCAGAAUGCUCAAAAUCAAUCCUCAAGCUCCCGACGCGGAAUUCCACUCAUGUUUUUUAUUAAACAUCAGCUCCUGCGUUUUUACCGAAUCUUCCGGAAAUUUCGUAGUUACCCUCUACAAUCCCGCGAGCCAAUCUAUGUCCAAUUACAUCCGAGUCCCAGUUAAUGGAAACGCGUACAAAGUUAGUGACACUUUUGGUUCUGAAAUUGUAACCCAAUUGUUGCCAGUUCCGCAAUUUGUGCGACAAACUCCGGGAAGAAAUAGCAAUUCGACGAAAGAACUAGUCUUCUUUGCAGAAAUUCCUCCGUUGGGGUAUCAAUCGUUCUACGUAACUGAAUUGACAAUUAAUGCAGUGGAAGAAAUCAAACCUGCAUCAGUUUCUGCAAUUGAAAACGAUUUAUACACAGUCAGUGUUAACCAAGCAGGAAAUGUUGUUGUAAAAUGGAAGAACAUGACCUUGCAAGUGAUCCAAUCGUUCCAUUACUACGAAGGAAUGAAAGGUAACAAUACUGCCUUUGCAUAUCGCGCAUCAGGCGCUUAUAUCUUCCGUCCGAAAGAAUCUAACGUUUAUGAUAUCUCUUACUCUGGAAAUUACAAAUUCUACACCGGUCCGGUGGUCAAUGAGCUUCAUUUGACGGUCAACAAUUACAUUAGCCAGGUUGUUAGGGUUUACAGGGCAGAACAGAAGGUUGAAUUUGAUUGGGUGGUCGGACCGAUUCCAAUUGACGACUCGAUUGGAAGGGAGAUUUUUACUAAGUACAAGAGUAAUCUUCAGUCGGAUGGUACUUUUUACACGGAUAGCAAUGGAAGGGAAAUGAUUAAGAGGAGAAGAAAUUACAGACCUACUUGGAAUCUUACUUUGGAGGAACCGAUUGCCGGGAAUUACUAUCCGGUGACGGCUAAGAUCUAUCUGGAGGAUGUUAGGGAGAAGAUGAGGAUCAGUGUUUUGAAUGAUAGGGCGCAAGGAGGGACCAGUAUGGUUGAUGGGGAGUUAGAACUGAUGUUGCACAGAAGGUUGCUAAAUGAUGAUGCUUUUGGGGUGGGUGAGGCGCUCAAUGAAACUGCUUUUGGGUAUGGACUGGUGGCUAGAGGUAGUCAUUCGCUGAUUGGGAGCAGGAUUGGAGAUUCGGCGGGAGUUGCUUUGAGGGAAAAGACGGAAGCGAUUUCGUUAGCGCUGAGGCCUUGGUACUUGUUCACGCCAGUUGGUGGGGUCACUUUUGAACAAUGGAAAGGGCGAUAUUAUAUGAAGGUGGGUAUUGAAGGGUUUUCUGGAAGAAAAUUGGGAAGAAAAAAAUUGGGUAGCUUUUUAAAAAAUAAGUUUCCCAAAAACGUUCACAUUUUAACAUUGGAACCAUGGAAAGACGGAACAAUCCUCCUGAGACUCGAGCAUUUAUUCGAAAAAGAUCAAGCUGGAUCUUUAUCACAAAGCGCUACUAUCAAUCUAUUGGAUCUGUUUACAAACAUUGAAAUUAUCUCCGUGAGGGAAACCACCCUUGGUGGAAAUCAAUGGAUCGAAGAAAUGAAGCGCCUUCAAUGGCAAAUAGAUUCUAAUGAAGUGGACGAUCAACCUUACAACUUCAUUCCUAUAAAUCGAAGAGGAGGCGCUAUGGAAAUCGUUUUGAAUGCAAUGGAAAUUCGGACGUUUAUAAUAACUGUUAGGCAUACUUAA